UCUUGUGUUUCUAAGCACUCUACGCAUGUCUUUGCUUCAAGAUGUUGUCACUGUGCCAUGGGAGAAGCCAACCUUUAUGGAAAAGCCCACUACCAACCGAGACUACUGGACUGUACUAGAUCAAUGGGUGGUCAGGGUGCAUGGGGCAUCCAGAACCCAGCCAUUCCAGCCUCUACAUGAAUCAUUUCCUUUGCAGGGGGAAGGUUCCGAAUCAUUGUGCGCUGAGAGGGUAACAGUUUGCUUCUACACUGGUAGGGAUGACUCAGUCGUUCGUGGGGACAAAUGGAAUGUACCUCCUACCCGUGAAUCUCGAGCAAUGUGGAAGAACAUGGGGCAGUGGACAGGGUUCACCUUCUUCAAACGCAAGACCCAGCACACCACGGCAGAGGAGCAAGAGCAGCAAGAUGCAACUUCUCAGCCAAAUGUGAACGAGAUUUCUCAGCACUUGCAUCGUAUCCACCUGACUCCCAACACAGGAUAUGCACGUGGAGGUGCUGUGGCCCGGGGCCAGGCAGCUUGCUCCCACACAGCUCAUCAGGGAGAAGAUGUGGAACCAAGUGAUGGUAGUUUCGAGGUGCUUCAAUGAAAGGAUUGAGAUUUGUUGCUGGCAGCAUGGCAUAGUACAGGACAGUGUCUCAGAGCGUAGUUUAGCGGUGCAAUACUGCUGCUGCGCAGUACAGUACUGUAGAGGGCAUCUUUGCC